CAUCCCAGAAGGAGCCCAGGGCGGCAAACAAACGAUAAAACGCUUAAAACAUCUAUAAAACAUCAGAAAACAAAGCAUCUUUUAAAAAUCCGUAUGGCGAGGAGGGCUGAGGUUUAGAAUUGGGAGGGGGGGAGGCCUAUUAACUGUCGCCGGUGUUGUGUGAGGCAGAGGCCGUCUUAAGGGAGAUGCGGCGAGGCUGUCACUCAGUGGCGGCGGUCUGAUAUGAGAGAAGCGGUGAGAGAGGCCGUGGAUUGAUGUCACCGGCGGGCUGGCAGGCGAGGCUCCUCCUCAUCGCCGCCGCCGUCGUCUCGGCGCUGUGAGGCAACGGCGCUGCUCCCGCCAAGCGCGAGAAGGAGGGAGGCGACUGUUUCGGCGCUUUCCCGCUCUUCCUGACAGGCCGGGCUCCCCGGCUCGUCCUGAGGCGGCAGGGGGCGGCACUGGGCCGGGCAGGCUCCUUCCCUCCUUCAACCCCCCCACCCCCUUCAUCACUACCACCACCUCGCUGCGCUUCGGAACAUGGCGGCGGCAAUAACGGUGGCGAGGGAGUGAAGGAGCCCCAGCAGCGCUCGGCGCCCGGCCGCAGGAAGUGGUGUCUUCUCUCAAGAUCAGCCAUUUGAGAUGCUGGUGAAGGCCUCCUAUCGGGUUGACAAAUUCAGAUUAGAAAACCUGAGCCAAUUCCAGGGUGAGGACCUGUAACAGGCAGUAUAAUGCGGAAACCAAGCCCUCAGAAAGCAAUAGACUGGAAAGAUGGCAAAAAGCACAAGUAUGGACGCCUGUCAGAACCUCCUUCCAAGUACCAAGGUCACUUUGCCUGGGAUAGAUACUUGAAAGAGACAUGUUCCAUCCCUGCUCCUGCCCAUUGCUUCAAGCAGUCAUAUACACCACCAACCAAUGAAUUUAAGAUCAGCAUGAAGCUAGAAGCCCAGGACCCCAGAAACACCACUUCCACUUGCAUUGCUACUGUGGUGGGACUGACCGGUGCCCGUCUCCGAUUACGCCUGGAUGGCAGUGAUAAUAAGAAUGACUUCUGGCGUCUGGUGGAUUCUGCAGAAAUCCAGCCCAUCGGCAACUGUGAAAAGAAUGGAGGGAUGCUGCAGCCUCCUUUGGGCUUUCGGCUGAAUGCUUCCUCUUGGCCCAUGUUUCUCCUGAAGACUCUGAAUGGAGCAGAAAUGGCCCCUGUUAGGAUUUUCCAUAAGGAGCCACCCUCUCCAUCCCAGAACUUCUUUAAGAUGGGGAUGAAACUGGAGGCCGUAGACAGGAAAAACCCACAUUUCAUCUGCCCUGCCACCAUCGGUGAGGUUCGGGGUUCUGAGGUCCUCAUCACUUUUGAUGGCUGGAGGGGAGCCUUUGAUUACUGGUGCCGUUACGAUUCUCGUGACAUCUUUCCUGUUGGAUGGUGUUCGCUGACUGGCGACAACUUGCAGCCCCCUGGAACAAAAGUGGUGAUUCCAAAGAGCCCAUUCCCUGCCCCUGAUGUGAUCUCUGAAAAGAUCAGCAUGCACAGUGGUACAAAGACUAUCCUGGAACAUCAGCCUGGACAAAGGGGACGCAAACCUGGUCGUAAGCGAGGCCGAACACCCAAGGCUCUGACCAACCACCCCAACCCUGCCCCCUCUAAGGCAGUGGAGCCUUUGAAAUUCCCCAAAAAGAGGGGGCCAAAGCCUGGCAGUAAGAGAAAACCUCGAACUUUACUAAAUCCAGCACCCACCUCCCCUACAACAAGCACUCCUGAACCUGACACUAGUACAGUACCACAAGAUGCAGCUACUAUUCCCAGCUCUGCUAUGCAGGCCCCUACAGUUUGUAUCUACUUGAAUAAAAAUGGCAGCACUGGGCCUCACCUGGACAAAAAGAAAGUCCAGCAACUACCUGACCAUUUUGGACCAGCUCGAGCAUCUGUAGUGUUGCAACAAGCAGUCCAAGCUUGCAUUGACUGUGCUUAUCAUCAACAUACUGUCUUCUCAUUCCUGAAGCAAGGCCAUGGAGGCGAGAUCAUUUCAGCUGUGUUUGAUCAUGAACAGCAUACUUUGACCUUACCAGCAGUCAAUAGCAUCACCUAUGUCCUCCGCUUCCUUGAGAAACUCUGCCACAACCUUCACAGUGACAACCUCUUUGGGAACCAGCCAUUUACUCAGCAUCAUGUGCAGCACUCCCGCGAGUACGACCACGACAGGUACCUACCAGACAGGAGCAUUUCGUUACAUGGCUCUCUACUGGGACCAGGCCGGGGUACAAAGAGAUAUUCACAAGAUUCCCCUCCAUACAGUGCUCUCUCUCCCAAGUUACCAAAGAAUGACCAUCACCCUUUGGAAGGUGAAACUUUUGUUUUGAGUGAUGGCCUGCCAGGUUCCUUGGAGCCUCGCCUAGACCCCAUGGACUCUGCCUUGAAUGCUGUCAGUGCGUCCAGUCCCAGCAGGAAUUCAAGAGACUACAGACUUCAAGGAUAUAGGCACCUUCACCAGCCCUCCAGCCUUUCUCAGUGCGGUACCUCUGCCUUGCAUAGACUUAGUGCUGGGGGCUCUGACAGAUACCUUGCUCCUCGAGACACCUUACGGCUGGGCAGCCGGGACCCCUCUGCCUGGACAGUGGAAGAUGUCAUGCAGUUUGUGAGGGAAGCUGACCCCCAGCUGGGACCCCAUGCAGACCUCUUCCGAAAACAUGAGAUUGAUGGCAAGGCCUUGCUCUUGUUGCGCAGCGAUAUGAUGAUGAAGUACAUGGGCUUGAAGCUGGGGCCAGCGCUGAAGCUUACCUACCACAUUGACAAGCUAAAGCAGGGCAAGUUCUGAGAAAGAUGUCUCCUGCAGUCUCGGCUGAACUCCCCAUGCAGUUAGGUACACAUGCCUGCCUUCCUCGCCUGCCACAUCACAGCAUUGUGAGGAUACCUUCUUUGCCAGCAUAGAGAAGCAGGUGUCCUGGAGAGAAGGCCCUAGGCAUCACUAACCAUCAAAUGAGACUUGGGCUUGUUGGCACAAAGGGAUGGAUGCUUCCUCCGUUUUCUGCAGGCGGAGUUUCGGACCGCAGUCCAACUUACAAGGAAGAAAAUGCUUCUCCUGGUGUGUCUGGAGCUUUGGCAGAGCCACGCUCAUGUCUGACAUGGCUCUUUUGGCUCUUCUUCCUUUUCAGAUGCACCACAUUCUUUUUGUGCCCUCCUCAAGAAUCCCCUUCAUGCCAUAUGAAGAGUAUGGUUUGGACUCAAAGUUGGCAAUGCCAGGAGGUGUUCCCUUUUCUGUGGCAUACAGGACAGAUAGACUGACUGUGAGAAGCCAACUAUGCCAUGCAACAAGCAGCUGCUGCUAACCAGUUUGUUUACUCCCUGGGAUAGCUGCAGCGGUGGUGGGUUAAGGCAAAGGACACCCCACCCUCCUGACCCUGCCAUUUCUUCAUUUGGUGCUGUUAUUGCCUUUUCCUCCCUGGAGGUCUCAAGCUAGCAGUUUUCCUGAGUUGCUGGCAAGAAGAGGGCAGAAAGAUCUAAUAUUUAUUUGGAAUAAGGAGGGGAGCAUAAUCAUGAUGGGGCACAGCAGUGGAUCUGCAUAGGUAUUGCCAUCGCCCACCUUUCCAGCUCUCUUAAGUGAGCUGGGUAGAAUGGGGAGGAAAAUGUAGGUCCCCUUACUCUAGCAUCACACAACACCCAGUUGAAUAACACAACUUUUUUUUCCCUACGAGCCUGAAAUGUUUUUUCCUAUUUGCUAUUGAAAUGGCAACUGUUUUAACUUUUUUUCCCGGGGAAUCCAGUGUUUAUUCCACGAUGGUACCAUUUCCCCCUCCGGUCUGUCAGAGCCCUGCAGCUGUAGCUACUUGACAAGCGUGUGGGAUAUCGGAUGGAUGGGGAACAGGUAUUUAGACGGUUUGUCCUUCCCUAGCUCAAGCGGGGAACAUGAAUUGUUUUGUUUGUAUGUAUUCUGAAAAAUGUUUAACGUAUUUAUUUUUUAUGGCACUUGAGCGGUGGCCCACAAUGUCUGAGGAGAGGGCUUUUUGCUGCUGGCCAAUGGGAACAGGAAAAGGUGGUAAACUGGUGCCCCAAAGCUCUGCCCCUCUCCAGGUCCUCGACUGAAGCCUUCUUUGCUUCCAGAAAGCAAAAUGAGUUGUUUUGAUUCCUCCACUUGCUGGAGAUGUCCCUCCACUUGCCCUUCCUUUGGAAUGCAGACAAAUGGACCUUGAGAUUCAGCUGUGCUUGGCUGUUUACCUGCCCCAUGCUCACAAAGUGGAGGAGGAGAGUGUUAAGAUGCAUCUCCUUAUAGGCACUUCCCUCUUCCUAACUUGCUACCUUCCCUGUGGAUGGUUCUUCCUCUCCCAGGCUCUUGCAGAAGAGGGACUUUUCGGGACUGGUCCAGAAGAGGAGAUUAGCAACAACCUAAGAUGAUAGUUGAUAAUAAUGCAAAAUCAAGCAAUGAAAAAUUCAGAGGCAAUAAGCCAAUUUAGGGAAAGAGCCAGAGCUCACUGCAGCAGAAUGGGGUGGGGUGUGACUUGGCCAACAUUUUGGAUUGUCUGGUGUAGCCCUUUUUGUAGGGGUUACCUGUCUCUGCCAUUACUGCCUGGCUGCAGAAUACUAUUUCUGUGAGCACUGCCUGCUGCCGGUAGCGGGGGCAAGGGGCUGCCAACAUUCUUUUCUGCACUUAUUCUGUUGAUUUUGUUUAUAAAUAAAAAGGAAAAAAACUAG